AUGUCCGACCAAGUCAAGUACACCCAAAAGCUCCAAGGCGCCAAAAUCCUCAUCACAGGAGGUUCAGCAGGCAUCGGCUACGGCGUCGCAGAAGCCUGUCUCGAAAACGGCUGCAACGUCACAAUUUCCUCCUCCAACGACACGCGCGUCCAACAAGCCGUGGCCAAAUUAUCUGCCGCCUACCCUUCUGCUGCGGCGCAGAAUCGCAUUCGAGGUUUUGCGUGUAAUUUGGGCGAGGAGAAGACUUUGGAGGCGGAAGUGAAGAGGUUGUUGGAGUUGGUGGGGAAGGGAAUUGAUCAUGUGGUGCAUACGGCGGGAGAUGGAUUGGCGACGAUGAAAUUGGAGGGGAUUGAGAUGGAGGGGGUUAAGAAGGCUGGCAUGGUCCGCUUCUUCGCGCCCCUCUUCCUCGGCAAACUCGCCCCCAAAUACAUGAACCCCGGCCCCGCAUCCAGCAUCAUCAUCACGACAGGUUCCGUGUCCGAACGACCUCUUCCCGACUGGACCGUCGUCAACUCCUACGCGACCGGUCUGCAAGGAAUGGUGCGGGGCAUGGCACUCGAUUUGAAACCCUUGCGAAUCAAUCUCGUGUCUCCGGGAGUGGUGGAUACGGAAUUGUGGAAGGAUAUGCCCGAGGAUGUGAAACGGGGAAUGUUUGCGGAGAUGGAGAAGAAAAUCCCCGUCGGCAAGGUUGGGCAGGUCGUAGAUGUUGCCGAGAGUUAUUUGUAUUUGAUGAAGGAUCGGAAUGUUUCGGGCGCUAUGGUUAGUACUAGUGGAGGGCAUUUGUUGGUUUGA